GAAGUUAAGAAGGAUAUAGAGCCCAAGGAUGAUGCCGUGCCACUCAGGAGGGAGAAAUCUGGCAACGUAGCCAGUCUUGUGCAGCGUAUGAGCAGCUAUGGGCUUCCAGCAGGAGGAUUUCAGCCUCAUCCCCCGUCCAAAAGCUUCAAGAAGAGGUCCAAGAAGCGACAGUGCAAAGUGCUCUUUGAAUACGUUCCGCAGAAUGAGGAUGAGUUGGAGCUCAAGCUGGGGGAUGUAAUCGACAUCAUUGAAGAGGUAGAAGAUGGCUGGUGGAGUGGAACGUUAAAUGGCAAGACAGGGUUGUUUCCUUCAAACUUUGUGAAAGAAUUGGAAUUGACGGAUGAUGGAGAAACCCAGGACACUGUGGAUGACACAGAGUCUGUUUUCAGUGGUUCUACCUCACCUGUGGCCUCUCCAGGAAAUGGGAAUGAACCUGGAUCUGGACCAGCACAGCCAAAGAAAAUCCGAGGUAUUGGGUUUGGUGACAUCUUUAAAGAAGGCUCAGUGAAACUUAAGACAAGAUUAUCCAGUAAUGAAUCAGAAGAUAAAAAGCAGGAUAAGCCAUUACCUAACCAUCCCCCUGGAACAAAGCUAAUUAAUUUUCCCAGUACAAUAAAAACUGAAAGCUCGUCAGAAGUAAUAAAAUCAGAAGCUGAAAGUAAACCAAAAG